UCUAUUAAAACCCCCAUAUGCCCCUUUCUCCCUUCCUUCACAAUAAACUUCCAAUUUUUCAACAAACUCCUCCUCCUCCUCCUUUUAUUAUUUUCUCUAUUUCUCAUCCUUGUAUUAAUAAUAUAUUUCUCCUUAUUUCAAGAUUCCCAAAUCUUUUCUUCUUUUUCUUUUUGGUUUUUGUUUUCCCAUGGGAAGAUCUCCUUGUUGUGAGAAGGCUCAUACAAACAAAGGGGCAUGGACAAAGGAAGAAGAUGACCGUCUUAUUGCUUAUAUCAAAGCUCACGGCGAGGGCUGCUGGCGCUCACUUCCUAAGGCCGCCGGUCUCCUCCGUUGCGGUAAGAGUUGCCGUCUCCGGUGGAUUAAUUAUCUACGCCCUGAUCUUAAGCGUGGCAAUUUCACUCAACAUGAAGAUGACCUUAUCAUCAAACUCCAUAGCCUCCUUGGAAACAGAUGGUCUUUGAUAGCGGGAAGACUACCGGGAAGAACUGAUAAUGAGAUAAAGAACUACUGGAACACUCAUAUAAAACGAAAGCUCUUAAGUCGGGGAAUCGACCCAACAACUCAUCGACCCAUCUCUGACUCAUCCUCAGUGAAAACUCCGGCAACCACCAUAUCCUUUGCCUCCAAUUCUGCCUUGGAGGAUCAGGAAGAUAGAAAGAAACCAGUUAUCAAUAACUUUUCUCCACCAAAAGAAGAAGUGGAUUUGAAUCUCGACCUUAGAAUUAGCCCGCCACCGUACCCGGCGGGGGUGACGAUAAAGAAUGAAGUGAGAAGUAGUCUUUGCUUUUUUUGCAGUUUGGGGUUUGAGAACAGUAAGAACUGCAGCUGUGGAAAUGGUAAAAUGAUUGCUUCUAGUGAUGCCAAUGGUAAUGGGUAUGAUUUUUUGGGAUUAAAAAGUUGUGUUUUGGAUUGUAGAAGUUUGGAGAUUAAAUGACACUUGAUUUUUUCUUUCUUUUU